AUGGAGGAUCAUUGUCACGAGUGGUUUUUAUCUACACUUCACGAGAAAAAGUCUACAAUCCGUAUCCUCGAAACUGGGAUCUGCAGAGGAGACAAACUGAAAGCUUGAUAUACAAAUGAUGAACUUGGCAAGGUUAUAGAGAACUCUAUCAGAAACAUAAGCCAUACUCGGUUUAUGCUUGUGCAGUUUCUUAAUAUGAGAGCUCCUAUGUUAUAUCCUCUUUUUCCUAUAUAAAUUAUUUUUAUUUAUAUUAUAAACUGUUCCUGAAUUUAUUUAUUAAAAAUAUAUGAAUACGAGCCUGACAAAGUAAUCGUUUAUCUCUAUCAUACAAGAGGCCGUAAAGUACUUACUGCAAAAGAUAUCGUUGAUCUCUCAAAAAACCAACUUCAUGGGCUACAGGUCAGGAGUAUUCAUAUGGCGCUUCUAGAAACAUACUCAAGGAAUAUUUUAAAGGUAAAAGUUUGACAAGAGUCAGGAGAACUGAGAAGUGAAAUUUUGAUUGGAAAAUUCAAUAAAGAAGGUGGAAAGCCUAUAAAGGAUAUGGCGAUUGUGGAAAAAACUGAAGCGUUUACGAUUUUUAUGGCUGAACUUAUAUAUCAAGUCACAAAUAAGCUUAUUCUGAUCGUAAAUAAAUAUUUCUGUCAUUUUAAAAUAAAGAUUUUUUUUAUAUUUAGCAUGUCUAACUCCCCCCCCCCCCCGUGAGCGAACAAAAAAAUUUUGUUCGCUCACGGAGGGGGGUUAAUUUUUUUUUUAAAAAAAAAUUUAUAUAUAAAAAUUUUAUAAAAAAUAUUUUUUUCGAAAUUUAAAAAAAUCCUAAUUUGCAAAAAUUGGGAAGCAAAUAUUAAUUUUAAUUGCAAAAUUUAUGUUUUAAAACGCAAUUUGUUUAAAAUAAACAGAAUUUAGCUCUAGAUUUCAUUAUACUAAUUAUCACUUAUAUAUCAAAAAUUUUUUCCAUUUAAAUUUUUUUCUAUUAAAAAAAUUUUUGUUCACUCACGGAGGGUGGGUUUUUGGUCAAAAAAUGGCGAUUUUUCUAAUGGUUUUGUUCGCUCACGGAGGGGGGGGGGGGAGUAAGAAUAUACAAAAGCUUCAAUAUGAUCUCGAAAUAGAUGGAAGUGGCCAUUUGCAUUUAAUAAGACUCAAUACUUUAGAAUAUGUAAAAGAAAACGGAAGGAAAGAAACUGUCAUACAUCUGCCUGCAUUCGAAAUGCCAAGACCGACUCAAAGAAAAGUCACUUUACGCUAUACUGAGCCUAUAUCUGAUGACGAAGAAGACGGCAAAAUUGAGAUGAAUUUAAUGCCAAUUUCCUCAUUUAAAUCCCUUAAAAAGCCAAAAGAAGUUCCAAAAUUGAAAUUCGACAUAAAUCACCCCCAGAAAGAACAUAGUCCUUUAUUUGUGGACAUGAUGGCCAAAACCUUUGAAAAAAUCCGCAUGAAUGAGAUUAUUAAAGAAAAAAUUGAAAGAAAAAGGAAAAUGAUAGAAACCAAUACAAAUUGUAAAUUACCCAUUUUUGAUCCGAAUAUUAUAAAGAAAAUAUAGCUUAAGCACGCAUUUAGCGUGCUUCUAAAGAAAGAAACUGAAUCUAUUGACUAUCAAAACCAUUAAGUCUACAUUUUUCAAGUUUAUCGGACGUCUAUAGUCUUAAUUAUUGCUCCAAUAAAUCUCUGAAAGCAUGCUUGAGCUAUACAUAAGGACACAAAAAAUAUUAAAAGCUUGAAAGAUUUGGUUAAUACUAUACAGACUGAGAGAGUAAAGAGGAGAUGCAGCAUAUAUGAAACUUUUAAUGAGUCUAAUGAAGUUAGCGUGAACCAGCAGUUGGCUUGCUCACCUUUGCCAAUUGCAAAAAUUGCGACCCCAAAACCAUCAGAUUUAGAUCUUGCAACUGCUAUUGCCUCACAAGCGUAUUUAACCGAGAGAAAGCAUAAUAGCGUAGAUCAAAGCACACCUACGAGUGUUUAUAAGACAGGUUUAAGUACAAAUAGACUGCUUCAGCUUUAUAUUGAGGAAAAAGAUAUGUUUUACUCUCAUAAGUACUCUAAUACUCCGUUCCAAAAAGCAUCAAGCUUUUCGCGAUCAGCGAAAAGGCCUGGGUUUUCUCCUUAUACAGCUAGAUCUGCAAGGAGGAGCUUUGAUUUUUAA